AUGGGAGAUCUGGUGGAGCCCCUGACACCUAGUGGUACAGCCCCUAACCAGGCCCAGCUCCGCAUCCUCAAAGAGACUGAACUCAAGAGGGUCAAGAUACUGGGCUCGGGGGCCUUCGGCACCGUCUACAAGGGUAUCUGGGUGCCAGAGGGUGAGACAGUGAAGAUCCCGGUCGCCAUCAAGAUCCUGAACGAGGCAACGGGACCCAAGGCUAACGUGGAGUUCAUGGAUGAGGCUCUGAUCAUGGCUAGCAUGGAGCACCCCCACCUGGUCCGUCUCCUGGGGGUCUGCCUGAGCCCCACCAUCCAGCUGGUCACCCAGCUCAUGCCCCACGGCUGUCUGCUCGACUACGUCCAUGAACACAAGGACAACAUCGGCUCCCAGCUGUUGCUCAACUGGUGUGUUCAGAUCGCCAAGGGUAUGAUGUAUCUGGAAGAGCGGAGACUGGUGCACAGGGACUUGGCUGCCCGUAACGUGCUGGUCAAGUCCCCCAACCACAUCAAGAUCACUGACUUUGGUCUGGCUCGGUUGCUGGACGUCAAUGAGAAGGAGUACAACGCUGACGGGGGCAAGAUGCCAAUCAAGUGGAUGGCCUUGGAGUGUAUCCACUACAGGAAGUUUACACACCAGAGUGAUGUCUGGAGCUACGGGGUGACCAUUUGGGAAUUGAUGACAUUUGGGGGGAAGCCCUAUGAUGGCAUCCCGACCCGGGACAUUCCAGACCUGCUGGAGAAAGGAGAGCGUCUUCCCCAACCUCCCAUCUGCACCAUAGAUGUAUACAUGGUCAUGGUCAAAUGUUGGAUGAUAGAUGCAGACAGCAGGCCCAAGUUCAAGGAGCUAGCUGCAGAGUUCUGUAGGAUGGCCCGGGACCCUCAGCGUUAUCUGGUCAUCCAGGGUGAUGACCGUAUGAAGCUGCCCAGCCCCAAUGACAGUAAGUUCUUCCAGAGCCUGCUGGAUGAGGAGGAGCUGGAGGAUCUGAUGGAUGCUGAGGAGUACCUGGUUCCUCACGCCUUUAAUAUCCCACCGCUGGCGUACACACCCAGGACACGUGUUGACUCCAACAGGAACCAGUUUUUGUACCAAGACCCUAGUUUCGGCAUGGAAGACAUGUUGGGUACCAUGGGGACCAUCCCACGGGUGCUGUCCCUGUCUGCAGUCCCAGGGUGCAGGCCCCCAGGGGACCCGUCUGUAGGGGGGCAAGGCGGCAGCGGCCAAGAGGAUAAACGUUUCGAGGACCAGCGCUGUAACGGCACCCUGAGGAAGCAGGCCUCACCCCGGCCCGCGGGACCUCCAGGACAGGGCGGAGCCCCAGCCUCAGGUCCAGGGGAGGACAGCAGUGGACAGCGCUACAGUGCAGACCCCACCAUCAUGCUGGGGGAGAGAGGAGCUAGAGGAGACACAGACCAGGAUGGAUUCCUGACCGCCAUGAGGGAGAAGGCCUCCUCAGACUAUCUCAACCCUGUGGAGGAGAACCCGUUCGUGACGCGCCGGAGGAACGGAGACACCCUGACCCUGGACAGCUGUAACCCCUACCAGGUGGCCCCCAUAGGUCCCCAGCAGGCCGGCUCCGGCCCCAGAGUGGAUGACGAAUACGUCAACGAGCCCCUCUACCUCAACACCUUCCACAACCCCGGAGGACCAGGGCCAGGAGAGGGAGACUACACCGAUUAUACCCUGAAAAAGAACGGAGUCCCUGGGGGACACAACCCUAUCCUCGCCACCCUUACCAGCCAACCAGGCGCCACUGGCGUCACUGCUGGCCAAUCAGGCACCACCCAGGCAGGGAACCCCUCCCACAGCGUCCAGGCAGCCAACGCCCACGCUGUCUCCGCACCUCCGGGGCUCGGCGCAGCCGGCCCUCACCCAGGGCACAUCCUGCACCCAGGUCACCCUCCCCACCCCGGGUACACCCUCCACCCCGGUCUCACAGGCACCAUCAUGGUGGACAAGAAGACCAGACAAGACAAGAACAAGACAUUUGACAAUCCAGAGUACUGGCAGCAUAGCCUCCCUCCCAAAGCCACCCUGCACAACCCCGAGUACCUGCAGGACUGCAGCACGCGCUUCUUCUACAGGCAGAACGGACGUAUCCGGCCCGCCGUGGCCGAGAACCAGGAGUACCUGACGGAGUUCGCCCUGAAACCCGGGACCGUGCUACCGCCCCCGCCCUACAGACAGAGGAACACUGUGGUGUAACGUGGAGUAGUGAGGAGGACUGGGUGAGAAGAGGAGGAAGACAAGGGGAGGAGGAGUGAGGGGGAUGUACGGAGGAAGAAGGGCAAGAUCGUGGGAGGAUGGGAGGAGGAGAGAGGACUGAGUGUGAGAGGGAGGAGGAGAGAGAAGUGAAGACAGGAAGGAGGAGGAGUGGACAGUCCCUCUCACACUCAGUCACGCAGUAUUUACGUAUCAAUGCAUCAACCUUGGUUCCCUCCACCAGCACUGGACUGACACAUCUAUAUCUGUCUGUCUGAUUACAGUAAAUUUACACAGAAAUAUCACAGUAAUAUUAUUGUAAUUUACAAAAUGCUGAGAGCCUCCUACCACCCAUGAACCCAGGACUGAUGAGCACCUCUCUGUCUGUAUCUAUCUGAUUUAUACUGGAUUACAGUAACAUUAUAGUAAUAUACAUACUGCUGAACCCAGGACUAAUGUGCACAUUGCUAGCCUCCCCUUCCACUCAGCCCCUCUUAGCCAACCUUAACUACUCCUCUACCACACCCACUACUCUCCCUCAGCUCCGCCUCUUCAGUGUUGAUCACACAAACAGGCGCCACCCACUCCUGGAAAAUGGUGGACCUCUCUCUCAUGUGACUUUGUCCUCUUCCUGACUCCGACUUUAUACUCCUUUAGAUUCCAGCUUCACCAACAACUAUAACAACAGCAGAACGCUAAAGGAACAGUGACAUGUAAUGACUACUGACAGACAAUAACACCCUCCCCCAGAAAAACCCUCUACUAAACUAUUGUUUGCUCAUUAUCUUCAUUACACUAUUUUAUUAGUAAGAACCAACCAGUAAUUCACCGUUUAUACACAACACUACACUUGGAGCACCACAUGUUCCAACAGGUUUCAUUUGUAGCAAUCCACCAACAACACGUACAGUAAUGUCAUGAGAGCUGUUGGUGGGCAGGACAGCAGGUUCAUAUAAGAGGAAAUGUAUACAUCUGUGUAUACACUGCUGUUCCAUCACUGUCUGCCAAGCCCCAGCCACGCCAUUCAUCUGUCUCAUAAUGUGGAGGAUGAUUUAAUGUCCGCUGACUGGACUGACUGGCUGGCUGGCUGACUGGACUGACUGGCUGGUUGACAUGGUUUAAACCCCUCUGAAUACAUAAUGCAAUUCAAUCAUGGAUUGUACAGCACAGCUCAUAUCCUCUAUAACAUGUUCAUUUGUAUCUCGCAAAGAAGGAAGAUGUGCUCCCAACCUUGACACAUCAAUAACCCUGUACAUGUAUGAUAUAGUCACAAACACAUACACACACACACAGAGAUAGCGUUAGCGUCGUGUGCAUUCCGUUCUGGACCAGGAGCUCCGUUGACCUUGGGUUCUAAAGCAGUGGAGAUAGCACCAGCCAAGGCAGUGCAGCGGCAUGAGAAGACAAAGUCACAGCAAGUAAAUGGCAGUGUUAUACUGUAUGUAAAGCUGGAAUGGCCUACGUUGAACACACUGAAAUACGUCAGGCAGAAAGUGCCACAGCCCAGGAUUUACGAGGGAAUGGGCUUAUCAGUAAGGAGAGGAUCUCAACCACCCAGCCAUGCUGUUAUAACUUCUAACCCACAUGACUUCUGAGGCAGACAAAUCUGGAUCUGGAUCGAUGCUGUCAUAGAAUAUAGAUCGGAAACUGCUGUGUAUUGCAGUAUUUUUUAACUGAUAAACCGUGGCAGAGUCUGUCUGUUCGUUCCCCUAUCAGAGCUGGUUACAAAGACCUCAGGAGGACUGAUGAGGUGAUGGGGACUGAAGUUUGAACUGGACUGGAUAGAUAGACAGUUGGAGGAGAAAGAGAAAUAGAUGGCAGGGUCAUGUUCAUUAGGCAACAAAUGGAAGACAAUGGACUGAAACAGGGAGGGACUACCUGGACAUUGCAAAAUGUUUUGUUACAGUGUGAACGUGACCCACGUGUGUGGAGGACUGGAGAAUUCUGGGGCCUGGAUAGGUGGCGGGCAGCAGACACCAGUCUGUCUGGGAUAAGAGAGGCCUAAAAACUUGGUCUGGUCUUGGGUCUGGUCCUGGGAAUAAAGGAGGAUAACUAAGCCCUGAUGUGGUGGACACAACCAUGGAGGAGAGUCAUUGAGAGUUCUGGUCAAGCUGGAGAGGACAAGCCUGAGAACCUGAUCUGGUCUUGGGUCGGCCAUGGCCAGUGAGGAGUUAACACAUGGACACAUGGAAAUACAAAUAAACCUAGUACACACCAAGCAGACUCAUCAUUGGUGGAUAUGUUAUGUGGAAUAAUAUAUUCAUUUUGGGGAGAAAUUGGGGAUGGAUGGCAUCAGAUUUGGACAGUUGAAAUACUCUAAUUAUAUUAUGUCAUGCCAUGAAGAAUAGUAUUGCAACCUGAACAACAUCAAACUGGUCCCUAAAACUAAGACUUUUGCUCCACCCCAAAAUGUCUCUCCCCCUUCUACGUACAGUACAGGGGCAUCCACCCCAAAAUGUCUCUCCCCCUUCUACGUACAGUACAGGGGCAUCCACCCCAAAAUGUCUAUCCCCCUUCUACGUACAGUACAGGGGCAUCCACCCCAAAAUGUCUCUCCCCCUUCUACGUACAGUACAGGGGCAUCCACCCCAAAAUGUCU